GCUUUAUUGAUAAUUGCCCAAACACAGAAACAACCAGAAUGCCCUUUAGUUGGUGAAUGAAUAAACACUGUCACAGCCUGACAAUGGAAUAUUAUUCAGCACUAAAAAGAAAUGAACUCUCAAGACAAGACAUGGAGAAAGCUUAAAUGCAUAUUACUAUAAGGAAAGAAGCCAAUCUGAAAAGGCUAGCCACUCCACGAUUCCCAUUAUAUGCCAUUCUGGAAAAGUCAAAACCAUGCAGUCAGUGGAAAGAUCAGCGGUUGCCAGGUGUUGUCGGAAGAAAGGGAUGAACAGGAGCACUAAGGAUUUUCAGGGCAGUCAAACUAUUCCGCGUGAUACUAUAAUGGUGGAUCCAUGUCAUUAUAUAUUUGCCAAAACCCAUAGAAUAAAGCACCAAGAGUGAACCCUAAUGCAAACUCUGAAUUUUGGGUGAUAAUGAUGUGUCAAUGUAGGUUCACUGAUCAUAACAAAGGUACCACUUUGGUAUGGGAUGUUGACAGUGGAGGAUGCUGUGCAUGUGUGACAGUAGGGGUACAUACGGGAACUCUAUUUUCUGCUCAAUUUUGCUGUGAACCUGAAAGUGUUCUAAAAACUAAAGUCUAUUUUAAAAAAUCCACUGUUUCACCUAAUUCAACACUUCACUCCCACUCUGAUAAUCUCUGGCAACCAAUGAUCUGUUUACUGUCUGUAUUUAAAUGUAAUUAAAACAAUUUUUAAACUGUUUUGAUAUUUUUAUAAUAAUCAAUAUAUUUUGAUUGGACUUUUAUAGUGAGCACUUUCUUUGGAAAUGAGUGUCUUUGACCUUCAAAAAAGUUAUAGUUGUUAUCAGUUAUCAUAAGAGGUGGGGCCCACCUCUUAAAGUAGCAAUAAAAUCUUAUUUAUGGUUGAAAAAGGUCAGGUCAUUGCGCCACUUCUCUUUGCAGGUUUCUGUGCAAUCUAUCAGGGGACAGCUGGGACUAAUCAUUUAAAAAACUUUCCAGCCUGCUAAUUUUACCAUACCUCACAUUUUUGUCAUUCCUGGCCAAAAUCCAAAGGGCAAGUCCCUUCUGCAGCCUCAUUUUUUUUUUCUGUACUUUCGCUCCCCUGACGCAAGCUUCCACUGUCUCCCAUCCUAACUUUACCACUACGCCCUCUAGAAUGCCUUUUCCUGAUAAGCAAAACCCCCCGAGUCGUUGGCGUCUCGGAAGAGGCUCCUCCACUUUCCGGUUUUGGCAGAAUCCUUGAUCUGAGCCAGGCCUCUUCCCAGGGGCUCUGGCCCUCUUCACUUCCUUUUCCCCGGAGGACUCUGGCUCCCGGGUAGCAAGCAGCCCACUUCCCCGGCCGCUUCCUUCCCCCGGGAUGACACGUUUCUACAGGCGGACUCUUCUAAUUCAUACUAUUUCCCUACCCCCGUGGUGGCUCCUAGCACCCCCAGGCCUGUUCUACCUGUAAAAUCUUGACACAUUUAAACUACUACUUCUGAUCCUUUCCUCCCCGUCCAGCCUUCGCUCUUAGGCUGCCGAGCCUGGACUGCUUGUCAUCCCCUCAGGCGUCUCCCCGGCCCUCCCUGCUCUUCAGCCGUCCCGACGGAGCGCGGCUCCUGACCAAACCCACGGUUCGCCUUCUCCACCUGCUCCGCGCGCCUCGCAUGUGUCUUGGGGGAAACACAUCCAAACGUCGACUUAAAUGAUUCAGGGCCGAGGACCGUGAGAGGCAGUCUUCACUUUUUCAUCUUUCUUCAUUUGCACAGUAUACCAAUACGCUCUUACUACUUCUCAGCACAGGUAACUCGCCUUUUGCAGAGCAGCCUCCGCCGCCGAACGGUCAGAGCCUGGAGGAAGCCGCACCAGGAUCGUAGAGCAUGACGGGCCGGGGGCGGGACGAGGAUUGACGAGCCGGGAACAGGGCGGGACUUGAGGGGGCGGGAGGGUGGGGCGAGGCAUGACGGCUCUGGUAGGGGGGUAGGCGGGGCUUGACGGGCCUGGGGGCGGGGCGAGACUUGAGGGACCGGAAGGUGGGGCGAGUCAUGACGGGCCGGGGCGUGGGCAGGGCUUGAGGGGCCAGGGGACUGUGUGGGGCCUGACGGGCCGGUGGGUGGGGCGGGGCUUGGAGGACCGGAGGGUGUGUGGGCGGGGCUUGAUAGGCAGGGGCGGUGCGGGGGCGUGGGCAGCACGAGCCGUGCGCUCCCGGGCUGCGAGGUCUGGCUAGGCUACGGGCCGCGCGCCGCCGCCGCCACUGUCCUCUUCGGAGGCGCGGGCCCGACGGAAAUCAUGUUUGUGGCUCGCAGCAUCGCGGCGGACCACAAGGAUCUCAUCCACGAUGUCUCCUUCGACUUCCACGGGCGGCGGAUGGCAACCUGCUCCAGCGAUCAGAGCGUUAAGGUCUGGGAUAAAAGUGAAAGUGGUGAUUGGCAUUGUACUGCUAGCUGGAAGACACAUAGUGGAUCUGUAUGGCGUGUGACAUGGGCCCAUCCUGAAUUUGGGCAGGUUUUGGCUUCCUGUUCUUUUGACCGAACAGCUGCUGUAUGGGAAGAAAUAGUAGGAGAAUCAAAUGAUAAACUGCGAGGACAGAGCCACUGGGUUAAAAGGACAACUCUGGUGGAUAGCAGAACAUCUGUUACUGAUGUGAAGUUUGCUCCCAAGCACAUGGGUCUUAUGUUAGCAACCUGUUCGGCAGAUGGUGUAGUAAGAAUCUAUGAGGCACCGGAUGUUAUGAAUCUCAGCCAGUGGUCUUUGCAGCAUGAGAUCUCAUGUAAGCUAAGCUGUAGUUGUAUUUCUUGGAACCCUUCAAGAAUAUCCAAACUGAUAGAAAAGAUGAAUAGAGCACAUUUAUACAACUUCCACAUCCCAAGCUCGCGUGCUCAUUCCCCCAUGAUCGCCGUAGGAAGUGAUGACAGUAGCCCCAAUGCAAUGGCCAAGGUUCAGAUUUUUGAAUAUAAUGAAAACACCAGGAAAUAUGCAAAAGCUGAAACUCUUAUGACAGUCACUGAUCCUGUUCAUGAUAUUGCAUUCGCUCCAAAUUUGGGAAGAUCUUUCCAUAUUCUAGCAAUAGCGACCAAAGAUGUGAGAAUUUUUACAUUAAAGCCUGUGAGGAAAGAACUGACUUCCUCUGGUGGGCCAACAAAGUUUGAAAUCCAUAUAGUGGCUCAGUUCGAUAAUCAUAAUUCUCAGGUCUGGCGAGUGAGUUGGAAUAUAACAGGAACGGUGCUAGCAUCUUCAGGAGAUGAUGGGUGUGUAAGAUUGUGGAAAGCUAAUUAUAUGGACAAUUGGAAGUGUACUGGUAUUUUGAAAGGUAAUGGGAGCCCAGUCAAUGGGAGUUCUCAGCAGGGAACCUCAAAUCCUUCCCUAGGUUCAAAUAUUCCAAGUCUUCAGAAUUCAUUAAAUGGAUCUUCUGCUGGCAGAAAGCACAGCUGAGUACAAGCUAACUGGAGUAACUUUGCUGUUUUGCUGCUUGUUGCAUGCACACAGGAAUGGAAAGCGAGCUCCUUUUCCCCUUCCCCAGCGCCGUUUGACCUCUCCCAAGAUACACCAGCAGCCUGCUUACUACUAAACGCAAUCCAAAAGGCCUUUAAAAAUACAGUGUAUAUUUUUUUGUACUAGUCAGUUUAUUGACACUAUUUGAAACUUUUGAAAUAUAAACGGAGAGGCUUUCUGUUGAGACAUUGUCACCAAAACAAUUUUUUGAAAUGUUCCUGAAACUAAUUUGGGUUUAAAGAUUAAAAGGGUUGUUACCAUUCUUAUCUGAGUAGUUGGGAGGAGGGGAAUACCACUUUAGUUCAUUUGGAAAAUAUAGACAUAUUUCUUUUGCUUUCUUAAAACAGCUUAAAAUGAUGAACUUUUAUAAUUUUAAUUUGAAGAUUGAAUAAAUAUUUUUUAUAAAGAUUGUUUUGAGUGCUGAUUUGUUUACUUUUUGUAGAUUUGCUUUAUCCAUGAUAUUCAGUACAACUCUGUCAUUUCUUUGUAAUAUUUAAAAAAUAUUAGUAAAGGAGUGAAUUAAUAAAGUAGUAAUAGUAAAAUGAAAGGAACUUGACUGUACAGUUUGUAGCCAGGUUAAGCAUUUGGUAUUGUUUCAUUUACAAUUUGGGACUAAGAUGGAAACACUUUUUUAUAAGUUUUUAAUUCAUAGUCACUAAAGAGAUAAAUGUUUCUUAUAUACAUUUGUAUAUUUUUAUGGUGUUAUUUAUUCCAUGGCUUAGUUUCCUUCAAAUCAAAAUUUGGACACACACUAUUAAGAGAAGCCAUUAAAGUUUUACUAAAAUUGUGCAUGUAAAUUAAUGUCAGCAUUCCAUGUCUUAAGAUUUUCUUAAUUUAGUUUGCUGUUUAAAUUAAUUCAUAUCCUGUAAAGUUCUGACCUUGAUAACAAAGCUAUAAAUAUUUAAGUUUGCUAAUAUGCGUAAGUAUUAUCGGUAAGUUACAAGAUGGAAGAAGAAUAACAGUAGGGCACAGUCAUUCUGUGAAUCCUUUUACUUAUCAAAAUUUGGUAGCUAUUCUAAGGCUUUUGCAGAAAAAUAAGUGUUCAAUGUUUGUAGUUCUUCAAAAGCAUGUUGCAGUAGCCAGCCAUACUAUGUGUAUUCCCAGUAUCAUGUAUGCACUAAAAAAAAUGUGUGCUUGCUGCUGCUGUGAACCAUUGCUUAAGAUAAAAAACUUAACUAGAUUUGUAAAUGUACAGAAUAGCAUCAGAUGUUUCUGAGAGAUUAGAAAAUGUUUUGAAUUUAUAAAAUUAAUGUUUUUCUUUGUAACAUUUAUAUAUAUUUUUUGACAUUUUAAGUUUAACAGAUUGUAUUCCUUUCAAGUUUCUAUACUUGCUUAAGCAAUCUUGAUUUGAGUAAGGGUCUUGAUUUGUGCUAUUAUGUUCUGUUAGUUUUGGCAUGAAUAUACUAAAGCUUUUUUUUUUUUUUCUAGCAUGUGUUUUCUCCUCUUUGGUUCUCUUUGUAUUUACUACUUUUCUCUUUUUCUUGUGUUUUUUUUUUUUUUUUCCUGUUUUUGUUUUGUUUGGUGUUUUGUUCCUGUCUUCAUUGUUUCAGGUAUUUCUUUCCCCCUCUGGAUUCCCCACGGGCUGGAUCGAGAUGGUCCAGUUAUGCCCAGCUCCUUCCUCCUCCUCCUCCUCCUCUGGUAGAGCACUCUUGCGAUGCUGACACUGCCAACCUCCAGUAUCCUCACCCUCGCAGACGAUAUCUCUCUCGGCCUCUUAAUCCCUUACCUGAGAAUGAAGGGGUUUAAAACACUGAUUUAACAUUGAAAGGCCUUAUUCAAGUGCUUGUAAAUGCUUUCAUUUCUGGCUGCUUUUUGUUUUUCAUUUUCUUUCAGAAGAUUUUUCUAACUUAGGGUCUGUCUUGCAUGUAUUACAACCAGAAUACAGUGUUUAGAACCUAAAUCUGUUUGUGUGUCUGCAUCAAAGGAACAUUUGCUUCACUGGGUGAUAACCUUUGAUGAAAUGAGAUAUGUCCAAGUAACGUUAACUGUGAAGUUACACACAGUAGCUGACUUCAAAGUGCCUGUUCUGUAAAUUUUAUUUUAAACUGUUACCGUAGUCUUAAGUUGUUUAUGCUUUAUCAGACUGGCUAAUGUGAAAGCAUAUUAUUAUGAAGUUUAUUCUGCCUUUGAGACCUUAAAAAAUGGAUUUCAUUUUACAGGCUAAUGUUGUAACUGACUAGUAUGUAAAAUAAAUCAUUCCUGUGUAUAAAGCAGCAAAACCUAA